AUGUGCACAAUCCAUCUCUUGGAUUCUCUAAUGCUCCGAGGUUCAAGCGACAGGAUUAGCCGUCCUCCCAACCUUGUCAUCACAUGGAGCAAUGGUGUCCUGGGCCCCUACCCGCAGAGAGAAGGCGGGAGCCGGGACACGGCUAAUCACGACUUCGGACCGUACUGGAAGUGCAUGGAGAAUGAGGGGAUGUCGCUCGGCUUCAAGAAUACGGUGUCGGCUACCUACAUAGGAUCCAACAACCAAAUAUCAUGCUGGCGCGUCGCAGCCAAACGGUUGUCUCACAGGGAUUGGGAAUCGUUUUGCGCACGGCAACAUCCUGACGGCGGAUAUGUGCUCCUGGUCAAGUACGGGAGCGGCUUUGUACCGAUGAGAAAUGGAGGAAAGGGUGGUACAGAGUUGGUGCUGCACAAUGGCCAGAAGGAUGGAACGAGAUGGCAGUUCAUCCGAGUUGACUACCCUUGAGUUAACUCGGACAAUUAUGCCGAUGUUAUAAGGCCGAGAGAAGUGAGGGCAAAGAGGGACCUGGGAAGAUACAAAUAGUGAACUACCGAGCUGAAUCAAAAAUGAGAAUUUACUUUCAAG